AUGCCCACGAAAAGAAAGUUCAUGGUUGGUGCCAUCUUUUGGCUAGGCAUUUUCUGUUGCGUCGCCUCUGCAGUUCGGCUAGCCUUGAACCACAAGGUCCUUACAUCCAUCCUCAGCCAAAAGGCUUCAGUCUCCAUCCAAGCAACACAAUUCUGCUUCCUCAUAGUUGAACCACACUGCUCUAUAAUCGCGGGGUGCUUACCCACGUUUGGCCCGCUCAUCUCGGGCGGCCGCGCCCCAGAGUCACUCGUCCGGAGCGUCCGGUCUAUUCUCUCCCUCGCGAGCGGCAUGAGCUCUCCACGCGGCAGCAAGAACAGAGACGCGGUCCGGCUGCCCAGCACCAACGCCUCCAAGCAGGACAUCACCGCGGUAGACGACGAGCAGGGGCAGCUCCCCCUGCGGAGCACCACCAAGACACAGAUCAACUCCGGCGCUACCAAGGUGCACGGUGAUUCGAUCGAGCUGGAUGAUCUUGAGGGUGGCGGCAUCAAUGUCACCAGAGGCGUCGACGUGGUGAGGUCGCAUCGUCAAGAGGUCUGA